GAAAAAAGGAGAGAGAGAAAAAAAAAACUCUUGUGUGGGCGGAGGAAAAAGCCUAGUAUUUUGUCCGUCCUGAAAUUUGAUUCAGAAGUUCAGGAUCCUGGAAGACAAAAAAGCAAACGGAGGGGGAGGGAAGAGAAGGACGGAGCGUUUCUGUUGUUUUUUUUUUUUUUUUUUUUUCUACUGCGAGAAGAGUAAACUCACCAAAUACUCUGCGACCUCCGACUAAAGCUGUGUGACUAUGAGCACCUCGGGGCUUCAGGCCACGAACCCGCAGAAUGCGAAGGAGCUCGACAGCAUGAAGGAGUCGAUCAGCGACAUCAUCAACCAGCUCCAGGACAUCGACCCCACCAGGCUCUCCUUCUCCCCCUUCCUGGACCUGGACACUCAGAUCUCAUUGGCGCCGGUGUCAGACAGUCCCGAGUCGUCGGUGGAGGAGCUUCACUCGUCCUCCCACUCCGUCUCCGGCUCACAGCACUCCCUUGAACCGCCACCAGCAACCAAUCAGCCAAGGAGCCCUGCUCCCUGCCACCAGCAGCCCAGAGACGACCUCCUAGAGGAGCCACGAGCAGAUCAGAAGGAGGAGGGGGAGCUGGAUCAAACUCUUUCCAGUCCCAUCAUCACAGCGCACAAUUUGGACGCUGCCACGGAAAACUGCAUCAGCUGUCCAACCCCGGCCUCUCAGGGAGACAUUCCCAACGGCACAGACACGCCGAGAUGGAGUCCAGAAUCCACCGCUCUGGACUGCACGCUGGAUGAGGGUCGCCCUCUGAUCGGACCGCCGCCGGAGAGCGUGGAGCUGACUGUGUGGAGCUCGGAGGGGCGGGGAGAGACUUGCGAGGCGGCAGAGGAGGCUUCAGGUCGGGGACGGUGCUGCUGCCAGUCUCGCUGCUGUCAGAGCGGCCGAGUUCCUGCGCUCUUCUCAGUCCUGGCCUCUCUUCUGUGUGCAGCCGGGAUAUUAUAUGCACUCUAUUUCUACGUCCCAGUUAAACCCCCCAACUGCCCCGACACAGGCAGCCGCGUCGUUUUCGUCCUGUGCUGCUGCGUGGUGGCAGCCAUCCCCAUCCUGCUCGCGAUGCUCAUGGGUGCAGCGUGCCAGUUCUGCACAGCCUCCUUCAAUCUGCAGGAGCCGUUUCCCAGAGGACGGGCGCUUCAGCAGCUGUUCGUCACGUCGUCCUUGGAGCAGUUACUCCUCUACGUCCUCAACCUCGUCGUUAUGGCCGUUUUGCUGCCACAAGAUGAGCUGAAGUUGGUCCCUAUACUCGUCGCCAUGUUCAUCUUCGGAAGGCUUGUUUACUGGGUCAGCCUGAACGCGUGCAGCUCCUGGCGAGGCUUCGGCUCCGGCCUGACAGUCUUCCCACUCCUCGCCAUGGUGGCUCUCAAUCUGUUCCUCAUGUACACCCUGAAUCUCAAAGAGCCGCUUCUUGGCUCUCAGGACGUCCUCUAUAAUCAGGUCACCCCCUCUUCUUCCUGGUCAGGGGAGACAUCACAGAGCCCGAGUGGCACCCCAGACAUCCUACCCACAGACAUCCUGGACGCUCAGUGAGGAGGCGAGCUGCGCUUUCUUCUCUCAGAGGAGGAGAUCUUUCCAAAAAUAGGUCAUUCCUGUGGUUCGCAGUUCAGCACAGCAACACACGCUGCAACUAUAACCUCCAAGUCUGUGACAGCUUAACUUGUGUUUUUGCUCCUCCUAUACAGGACGUUUUUCUUUUUUUAAUGUGGAUUCAUGCUUAUUAUCUGAACGCAAGAGCUCUUUCCCUGCUAGUGGCGGAGGAAGCCUUUGAACAAUGCUGUAGUCUUAAAACAUUUGUCCUUUUAAGCUGUUCCAGUGCCUAUAUUUAAUGUUUUGAACUCCAAGUACUUAAAAGCUCUGUUAUAUAUGUGGCUGAAUUUGGACCUUGAAAAAAAAAAAAAAACAAAACAGGAAGAAAGCAACUUGUCAGACUUUAUUAUUAUCCCAACUGUCCAAGACGUUUGUACAUGAUGAAGACAGAAUAAAAGCCAUUUGUUAAAA